ACAGAGUAAGCCAUAUCUUUCACAAUGCAUCUGCAAACAAAUGAUUCAUCUUACUAUGGUCCAAAUACUUAAUUUAAAAUGCUUGAAACAUAUUCUCAUCUUACUUUUUAAAAUAUACCACUUGGCUUAAUGUUUUGUUAUGGUAAUACAGCAACAUACAUUUAGUGUGACGCAAGUGUACAAAUUCAUUCAGGGGUCACUGUGCACCACUUUGCUGUACACGUCACAAUGGCUGUCUAUUAAUGACAAAACCUUUGUACUCAAGGAUGUAAAUGUAAAACCUACCUGCUGCUACCUGAUUUACUAUUAUUCAGGAACUCGACUUUGACCUCAGCUUUUCCAAGCAGGAAGUCCAGAAUAUCUGCUCUCAAGCAGUUCACGAAGAAGACGGACUUGAGGAUAUGUCUUAAUUCUGGUGUAAUCUGAACCUAGAUUUGGAGAUUCGCAGUUAAAUUUAGGAUUUUCGUUAAGGUGUUAAAUAUUGCAGUCAAGAAUGUAUGGGGGUAACCCUGUCCCAGUUUUCCAGUCAAGAGGCUUCUCACCUGAGCCGCCGUCCCAGGGGCCUGGCAUGUCUCGUCCUAGUGCCAAAUCCAUCUACAUGCAAAGGAAGGAGUAUGCAGAAUCAAUCAGCAGACAACAAGACAACUUUCAGUACAGAGUAGAGCACCUGUUCACCUGUGUGUUAGAUGGCAGAGAGGUGAGCAGCAUUGAUGACUGUGUGAACAGGUUGAAGAAUAUGGACAGUAAAGGGAAAGUGUGGGGUCAGGACAUGAUCAUGCAGGUCCAGGCCAACCAGCUAAAGCUGUGUGACAUAGAGACCAAGGAGGUUUUGGAGUCUGUGCACUUGAGUAGCGUCAGAGCGACAAGAGCUGUUCUCGACAGUUGUGUGUAUGACUCCCUUCUCAUUAUCUCAGUUCAGGAUCCUAGCCAGAGAGCUCCACAGGCCUUCCUGUUCCAGUGUGAGGAGAUUGGGGCUCAGGAGGUGGCAAAUGAUCUGGAAAAGGUAAUACAGCAAGGAGGGGAUGCCACACCACCGCUUAAAGAACCACAGAUGGACAUCAGGAGCCAUCUGGAAAGCAUCAUUGGUCAGGGUCAUCCAGGAAGCAUGAAGAGACCGGCUGUCGUGCAGCCAAACUCUCCUCCCCCAGAAUUCCCGCCUCCACAGUACAACCACUAUGAAGACUAUGAUGACAGACGUCUUUCACCCACUAUGCCAUUUCCCAGAGAUGAAGCGCCCUUCAGGCAAGUGCAGUCUGAGCAGGAGCAGGCUCCACCUGCAUUCAAUGAUGUGGAGAGAGAUUCGGAGAUUUUUAACCAUGUAGCAGCCGACAUUGAGACAUUUGUAUAUAAAGUAGGCUCAGCUUUGCCAAAAGAAGAUGGAAGCAAGAAAAAGAAAAAGAAAAAUGCUCCAAAAAAACAAUUGGUUGCAAGUAUUCCCCCUGUGGAGGAGUACAUAUCCUGUCUGCAGAAAAUAAAGUAUGGCUUCAACCUUUUGGGGAAACUGGAUGGUCACCUAAAAAAUCCUCCUGCUUCCGAUUUUGUUCACAGUCUCUUUUCUUCCCUUGGUUUUAUGGUGAGUCAGUAUCCUCCCAACAUCGCUCCCACGGUGCUGAGUCCACUGCUCACAGAAAAAGCCCUGUACCUCCUGGGAAGGUCUGUCACACCAAAUGAGGACGUACUGUGGAGCAGUCUGGGUGAUGCGUGGAGCAUCCCAAGAUCUAAAUGGCCAAACGGGGAUCAGAUCCCUCCAUAUUAUCCUGAAUUUUAUGAUGGUUGGCAGCCUCUUCCUCCUGGCCCUUCCCUGUCCCCUCCCGCCAGCAGGCAGCUGUCACGGAGCAACAGCGAGCGCGUCCCACCCGGGAACGCCAUGCAGAGGCCACCUGAACAGGACAACAUACCCUGGAAUGCCCCACCCAUGCGGUCAGCUGAGCCGCCAAUCUAUAUGAGGGUGAUCUAUGACUUUAUGGCAAGAAACAGUCAGGAACUGAGUGUGAUGAAGAAUGACAUGGUGCAGGUAACCGACAAGUCUGGGCAAUGGUGGAAAGUGAAAAACAGUCGUAACGAGGAGGGUUAUGUGCCUCAGAAUGUUCUAGAGUCUGAUGAUGGACAAAGGCCAGCACAAAAUAUGAGAGGACCUCCAUCUCUAGAUAUGAGAUCUAGUCCAGAGGAAGUCAAAGCCUGGUUACAGUACAAAGGCUUUUCUAAAAUGACAGUCCAGAGUCUUGGGGUGUUUAAUGGAGCAAUGUUGCUGGGAAUGAAACGGGACGAUAUCAGAGCAAUAUGUCCAGAGGAAGGAGGUCGAAUAUUCUUCCAACUGCAGAGCGUCAGAUCGACUGUUGCACUUGCCAGUGAGGCUGAAUACAGCCAGUAUGGUGGCCGCUGAUAAUCUGAGGACAUCGGUGCAUUUUGAUAGCAAGAAUCUGAACGUGUCUGGACCUGAAUGAACAAGAGCUAUUCAGUAAACUCCUCAGCAUUUCCAUCAACAAGCCAAGGCUAAUGCCUACAGACUUGUUUAGUUAUAUUACCCUUCACACAUGCAAAUGAUGAAUACAUUUAAUGCAUUCAUUUUAUUUAUUUGAUACAGAUUGUUCCAUUAAAUUGAUUUCCACUGAUGUCACUGUGGUGGUGGGCACUUGUCUAAUUAUACUGCAUGUUAUUUAGCUGUUAUAUGUUAAAUGAAAUUAUUACACGGCUCUGUGGAAUACUUGAUUCUGAUUGGUCAGGCGCGACAUUCCGAGGUAUGUUAUCUCUGGAUAACAACCUGUAAAAGCUAAUAACAUAGGCUCAUCCUGGUAACAGCAGUCGGCACUGUACUCUUGCUUGAACUAUUUUUUUCUUGGUGGAAGCUUUGCAUUUGUUUAGCUAAUAAAAUAUUAAAACUUGA